CUACGUACUACCCUAGUCACUCUGCUGCCUUCAGCAUCGACGCAGCGGUACGGUCCCGCAAACCUCAAAAUGGGCAAUGAAGGAUGCGUGUGUUUCGUGUCUCUGGCCGACAGAGUCCGUUUGGGUGCUUUCUGAACAGUCGAUGGUGGGCAAAACGAGGCCAUCAGCGACACUUCAUACCUCUUCAGGUUGCGGGAUAGGCAACCCUCCUGCAAUUCGUAUUACAGAAUGUUGGCCAAUAACUCUCUACGAAGCCGACAAGUGACUUUAUACUGCGGCAUUUUCUCAAUCUCAGUCGUGGCAUCAUCGGCAGAGCCUCAGCACCACGGCUUAUGGCGACCUUUCCGAACACUUCCGCCCAGAGGUGGACGAAGGAAUCCCUGCACCUAGCAUAUCAACGCUCAAUUAGAGCAGCCCCUACGGCCGCAGCCUUACAGGUCGGUCUCGUUUCUGCGUGUUCACAGUUUUCUAUUUGGCUCUUUCACCGGAACCGCUUACUAUACCCCGGAUUUAUUCGGAUGUCGGUUCAUUUCGAGUGAGUGCUUAUGACCCUAGAUGACUAUACACAGAGAGCGGGUUUCGACGUCAUUGAGGGCUUUUAAGGACUUCUAUGCUCGUCGUGGGGCAUCGGCUCAGCAGCAUAAAUAUGGAUCAGGUGUUCGCGUCUUCGACGUCUGACACCAUCACUUUCCAAGCUUCAUCAACAAGGACCAAAAGCUAGUCACCAAACCCAGACAAGCGCGCUAUCAAAAGUCCAUACCAGGCAGCGAACCUUCGUGCACUCUUCUCAACAAGUCAAACCUGCUUGCAACCACAACAAACCAGGUACAUCGACAAUGGCUGAGGGAUUCAACGGCAUGGCCAUGGACCAACCUGCCGGCUCUAGCAGAACCAAUCCUUAUGCUGCCGAGUCAUGGCUCGAACCUUGGCUCAUCAAGCACUCCGAAUUCUAUCGCAAACACUUGACCCGCGACGGCCGCCGCGAGAGCAAAUCUACAAGACGCCACAGCAUUGUCGCCGAGGGUCUCGAGUCGAGGAAGAACUCUGACGCCGUUCCGGAAGCUGAGGCUGCCGCCACAGAGGCUAUCCCAGCUCCUGCCGAAGACCCAAGACGAAGUGUCGAGGGCCACACCUCGGAGGCAGAAACUCGAUCGAAGAAAGAGAAGGCUCCACAGGGAUGGCGCAAGAGCGUUGGCUGGUUCCCUCACCCAUAGGGGAAUUCCAGGCGGGAUGACCUUUUGGAAGGAUAUGUCCAGAAGAGAUCGCUGGAGUAUCGUGAGGGAGAUACUGGCGGUAGUUGUGCAUUAGAUACCCAAUUUGUUUUCUGUGGAGGUGGAGGACGAGCUGCUAUACACACAAAUUCAUUUAUUUGUUCCAACUGCA